ACGAAAUGAAAUAGCAUCAUUCCUAAAACGGACAGCUAUAUUAAAUGGAUUGAGGCAUUUUAUAUCACCGCUGAUAAAAGUUGAUAUAGUUUGUAAAAUGGGCUCAAUCGUGUUGAAGAGUUUAUCAAUCCUUUUAGGGGUGUUUUUUAUAUUUGUUGGAAUCACAAAGUUGACGCCUUUUAUUUCGAAGGAACUUCACAAGGACUUGAGGAAGGAGUACGUUAGAUAUGCCAAGGUGUUUCCAUUAACCGAGACGUUGGACUUCAAGCUGCCGUCGAAAUGGUACAGGCGGACCGUGGGCGUGCUCGAGAUACUGUUCGGGCUCACCAUGGCACUAUUUCCUGGACAUAAGAUAAAGAACGCCGCGAACAUCGGGCUGGUGGCGCUGAUGGUGCUCGCGGCGUACUCUCACGUGAUGGUGGGAGACCCGUUCGACCGCUGCGCGCCGGCGCUGGUGUUCUUCUUCAUGCUGAGCGGCCGGCUCGUCGUCUGGUACCAGAUCAGCCGCCGCGAGGAGCUGGAGAAGAACGCGGCGACACAGAACGGCAACGGGCUCAAAAGAGACUAGCUCAACUCAUCCAUUCUUUACUUGCGCCAAUUGCUUUCAAAUUUCAACAAUACCGUGAGAGGUUUAAAUUGAAAUUCGUAAUGCAUUUUGCAUAUUUAUUAAUUUAACAAUGUUAUUGUAAAAUGUCGUUUUACAAAUCCUGUCGUUACGACUUUUUGUCACUUUGCUGUGAUUU